AUGACUCUUAAUUCACUUCCAACCACCCUUCAAGAAACAUAUAGCCAAGUCUUACGAGACCUCAAAAUUACUAGGAGAAACUAUGUGAUUCGAAUCCUUCAGUUCCUAGCAUAUUCGGAUUUCCCAGUGGAGCUUGAAGCGGCUGUCGAUGCUCUCGCGAUAAACCUGACAGCACCACCAGGUUCACGCUUCGUCAUGAAAGAGCGUAUGCCAUUUCCAGCUGAAAUCUCUUCACUUUGCUCUACACUAUUUGUCGCAGUAUCUGGCACACAUGCACGGCGCCAGCGCUAUACAUUUUCCGUUGUCGAUGAUGGGGCAUUAGUACUCCAGUUAGCUCAUUCAUCUGUCAAGGAGUUCAUAUUAUCUUGCCCAAGCUCCGAAUUUGACGGUUUGCUCACCGAACCUAUUGCAAGGUUGACAAUCACCGAAUUGUGUCUUGUCUACUUCCUGGAAAUGGACUGGUCCCUGCCUGACUACGAAUGGUUUGAGGUUGGUUGGUCCUCAUCUGACGAUGAGUUAUUGAGGACAUACCGCCUCACCGAAUUCGCUGCAGAGAAUUGGAUUCAAGAUGCCUGCUGCCCCUACUCAAGAUUCCUUACUUUUACACAGUUAUCAAUGGAUCUCUUCUCAAACACCCUCAUUUUUAAACGUUGGAGGAAAUUUGUUGCGACCAUCUUUUAUAGCAAACAAACUCGGUACAUGCAUUUCCCAGAAGAGCAAGAUCAACUGUUUUAUGCAAGCUGGUCUGGCGACCAAAGCUGCGUCAAGAGGUUGAUAGAUUCAGCGGCCAAGGGCGACAGCCCAGUCUGGAAUCUUGGCCCUGCCCUUCGCUUCGCCGCCGAUUUUGGCCAUUUGGAGACCACUGCCCUUCUUCUUCAGGAAGGUGCUGAUGUCAACGUCGAAGUUGAAGGACAAAUGCUGCUUGCCAGUGCCGUCGAAGCUGGCCAUAUAGAUGUCAUUGCACUUAUGAUCAAGCAAGGCGCCGAUGUCAACGCCCGACGAGGAUCAUGGAGAAAUGCCAUUUCAACUGCCAGUAAAACUGGCCGCCUUGAUAUCAUGGACCUUCUGAUUGAGCAUGGUGCUGAUGUCAACGGUUAUCCCCUUCACCUUGCCUCCCGCCAUGGCCACUUGAGAAUUGCUAUGUAUCUAGUGGAGCAUGGUGCUAAUGUCAACGUGGAGGCAGAUGAUUAUUCAACCCUUCAGGUUGCUUGUGAACAUGGCCACAUGGACGUUGUUAGGUAUCUGAUAGAACAAGGUGCUAAUGUUAAUGCCAAAGGAGGGCUGUUUGGCACGGCCCUCUGCGCUGCCUCCUACCGUGGCCAUUUUGAUAUCGUUAUGCACCUAGUGGAAAGGGGUGCUGAUGUCAAUCUCAACGUAGGCAAUACUGCCCUUUACGCCGCCUGCUUCUCUGGCUAUUUAGAUAUUGUUAUGUAUCUAGUAGAGAACGGUGCGGAUGUACACGCUCCAAGGGGAACUUUUGAAAAAGCAUUGCACGCUGCGAUUCACUAUGGAUGGGACGGUAUCGUCAGAUUCCUUCUCGUCAAAUUCCUUCAAGAUCGUAGAGCCGAUCGUAGACACCAGCAAGAUGACGAGGCUUCAUUUUCCCUCACGUCGCCAUCGACCUGCCACGAGGACUUCUUAUCUACUUGA